UGGAACGCGAGUCCGGUGUAGACGUGCAAAAACCGAGACGACCUCCCCCGUAGAGGUCUGUCCUGUCCGCGUUACGGGUGCGUUACCAGGUGCGUUACCUUUUGUGUGUGCAGAGUUUAUAGACCCAGGAAAUCUUGUGCUUGUUCAGCAGCCUACAAGGUCUGGUUAGCGCGCCAAAGUGGACGCUGGACGAAGUUGGCUCCUUCGAAAUUUUCUACUGGUGCUGGGGCGGAAGCGGGUAUUUGUGGAUGUGUGUUUUUUGUAUGUGGAUAAACCCCAGUGCGCUGUAAAUGAAAAGUUUGGUCCGAAAGGAAGGGGGGCCUGUUCAUAUCGUGAAUAUUAAAGCGAUAAAUUAAGGAUUCAGUAAUUCUGCUGGGUUCAUCUUUAAUGAUUCCUGAAGAUUGUGUAGGUGAAACAGUGAUAAAUUUUUCAAAGUGAAAUUCAUGUUACAAGGUGGAACCGUUGUGCUUUAUUUGGAAAACAGAAAACCAUCUAUAUUCUGAGAGAUUUCACGCACAGUGAAAUCUCUUAAAUUCUGCAGCACGCGCCACGAACGAAUCGUCAUGCAUCCAGGCGUCCGUCGCCGCCGUCGUCGAUGAGUAGGUGAACUUGUUUUCUGCUCGUGCCGCCUCCGGAAUCCCGGAGCAAGUUUUGCGGAUAGUACUGAAGCGGUGUAGAUGAUUAAAGACUUGCGGCUGACGGUUGUUUGUUCGACUAGCGUGUUUAGUCUCGAGAGUGGGUGCAUCCCUCGACAAGACGCGAUGCUGUGUACUGGAGGGGAAUUUAGUUGCGUGUUUCAGUAAAGACGCAAGAGCUGAUGUUCCGACAGCUGAACAACUACUCACACCAGCAUCGCCGUUCCGUCGGAAAUAUCGAGAAAACACCAACUUUGAUUGCUUCUCUCCGCCGGCGGAGAACGGAAACCGAUACUUGGGAGCAUCAUCCGGACCAGCAACCUGAAGAUCUGGUAAGGUGUGGUACGGUUGGUAGGGAUUAAACCACUGUCAGGUAUUAUCCAGAAUCGGAAGUGAAUACACACGUACCACCUCGACAAUGUUUUGAGGGCAGCUCCAGAUGAAAGCUUUUUAUGUACGAGUUGAGAAGUCCUAUGCUGAAUUUUGUUAAACCCGGGCAGACAUCGGAACGGAACGAGAAAUUUUUUUGCUCCCUUGAUACUGUGUUGCGUUGAAUUUAAAGUGAAAAACUUCACCCAACUUGAAGCCAUGAUGGCAGUGAAAUUUUUCCACAACGAAGAACUCAUUAGUGUCAAAAUCAGAAGUAGUUCGGCAACAGUGAGUAAAAUCAUUCUGUAUUGAAAAAACACAACUCUAUAAAAUGACAAGCCAAUUCAAAUUUAAAGUUCGGCGAGGGCUUCUGCUGCACUCUGAUGGUUUCGUUUUCUAACUGAAAACAUUUUGGUGCGAGGAAAAUCCAAUAAAUCAAUGAAAGCCGCACAAACAACUGCUGCACUGUGCGUUGGCCUGGCAGAGCGAAAUCAAAAAGUUUAAUUAAAACUGCACUGAAAAAAGAUCAAAGCGUUGCUUGAGGUGAAUUCACCAGGGGAAAAAGUAAAUAAAUCCGCAAAGUUUGUGCUGUGUCGUGUUGAGUUAUACACCACCUCGAGAGUGUUUGGUUGCUCGGAAGCGCCCUGUUAAAAUGAUAAUAAUUGUGCUAGAGUAAUAAUAAUAAUUUAUAUUAGCAUAUUAAUGGUGUUUUCGUAAGAAGUGUGUGUGUGUGUGAGCAUACGAACAACCAGGUGCUGAGUGAAUUGAACGGAAAAUAUCUGCUGGGUGUGUUUUGAAAAGAAAACAAAACACCACAACGAUGGCGGCGAAGAUGGCUAUGGAAUGGAUUACAGCGAUUGACAAGAGGCCCUGUGAUCGUAACUUGAGAGAUUGUGAACUGAUAUCCUGUCGGCUGAGGCGGGUAGAACCGCUCUGUCGACUGCCCGGCUCGGCGCUACAGCAGCUCGCCAUGUGCGGAUUCUACGAGGAUCUGGAGAAAGGUGUAACGUUGUUUCGUGCUGGCGAACAGGGCCGCUACUGGUAUGCUGUUCUGGGCGGUCAGCUGGAGGUGCGCUACCACGGGGCAGAAACCAAGGAUAAUAAGCUCUCCGUGACGCUGUGUAAUUUGGGCGUCGGAGCAACCUUCGGAGAAUCGAUACUCCACGACCUGCCCCGGGACAGCACGGUAGUGACCAAAACGACGUGUGAGCUGCUGCGUGUGGAACAGGAGGAUUUCAGACUGAUUUUCGAGAAAAAUAGGGAAUUAAUGAACGACAUCAUUUCGAAUUGCAAAUUAAAAAAUGGUUUCGGCCAAAGCAUGCAGACCACCAGCGCCGUUCAGUCUGGUAUUCAUCAGCAGGCAUCAGCGACUAAAAAACAGCUAAGCCCAGACCAUCCGAACCCGGCCCUGCCAAUUACCGAGGCACCAAGUCCCGCCAUGGCUCGGAUGGGUUGGGCGCUACGGACUUUGCUCGUGUCGGACAACACCAGCUGCCUGAAGGAUCGAAAGGUGGGUGGAAAGUUCAUCCGAAAGUGCGCUCCUGGCACCGAGCUGGUGGACUGGCUGCAGAACCUGUCACCGAUCGUGCACACCCGAACACAGGCAGCCGGCAUGUGGCAAGCUCUCGUAGAGGAAGGCGUUCUCAGUCACGUGGCGAAAGAGCAGCCCUUCAAGGAUAAAUGUUUUUUAUAUCGGUUCAAGAUGGAUGAAGACGGAACGGCGGGUGGGGCACCCAACUCCGACGACGUCAACCAGGCCAACGAUCAUAUUCGUGAGGCACUACCUGCCCUGUUGCACUGGGGCCCGGAUGCGACUCUACGGAUGAUCCUGCGGAAGCCAUCGCACGAACGAACGCACGAGGAGCUGGAGCUGGUAUACGAGGAGCUGCUCCACAUUGCCGCCCUGUCCCACCUGUCGACGUCCAUCAAGCGGGAGCUGGCGUCGAUCAUCGUGUUCGAAGCGCACGCACAUGCCGGAACUGUGUUAUUCAACCAAGGUGACGAAGGUCGCUCGUGGUACAUCCUGCUCAAAGGCUCCGUCGAUGUCGUAAUCCACGGCAAGGGAACGGUCGCGACACUCAAGGAAGGUGACGAUUUUGGCAAAUUGGCACUUAUCAACGAUGCUCCCAGAGCGGCGACAAUCGUCCUCAAAGAGAACAACUGUCACCUGCUGCGCGUGGACAAGGAACACUUCAACCGCAUUCUGCGGGAUGUCGAGGCCAACACCCUACGGCUGCAGGAGCACGGCAAGGACGUACUAAUCCUGGAGCGGGUGGCGAAACAGCGAGGACACUCGGCUUUCAAAUACACUGUGAUGUCCGGCACGCCGCAAAAGAUGCUGGAACACCUGCUGGAGACAAGACUGGGCGGUCAGAUGGGACCAAACGAUCCUUUUUUAGACGAUUUUUUACUGACCCACAUCGUAUUCAUGCCGACGCCGAUCCUGAUCGACGAACUGGCCAGCCACUAUCACGCGGACGCCGAGGUGGACCUGCGAACCUCGAGCGAGGAGGACCAGGAGUACUUCAUGACCUGCAAGCGACGGGUGGUGCAGUUUAUCCAACGGUGGGUCCUAGCGGUGCGGCAUGCCGUCUUCGAAGACCCCCUGGCGGUGGAAUUUAUUGAGGAAAUCGCCCCAGAUGUCGAGUCAGAAGGUUUACUGCAGGAGGAAGCCAGUAUCAUACAUCACGUGCUGACACAAUUAUCCCGAUACCAGGAAGAUCGACAGAUGAAUGCCAGCCAAAAGUGGAAACUACCACCCAACGGACAACCCAUUUGCCUAUUCAGUGGAAACACACACAACACAAAGACUGUUAUACGACCGGAUGACGACAUCAUUUUCCGCGUCUACUGUGCGGAUCACACGUACUGCACGCUGCGUUUUCCGAUGUCCGCGUCGGCUGAAAUCAUCAAGGCGUGCGCGGCGGACAAACUGCAGCUACCCCGCAUCCCGGACGACCUGCUGCUGGUGGAAGUCAAGAGCAACGGGGAGCGGACCGUAUUCAAGGACACCGAUGUCAGCAUACCGACGGCGCUGAGUCUGAACGGACGAAUAUUCGUUUCGCCAAAGGAUCACCUGGAUGCACUGACUCCCCUUCCGGAGCAGGAACUUCCGACCGAGGCGCUCGAUAUGGACUUCGAGGCCCUACCGACCAAAGACGUUGCCUAUCACAUAACUCUGUUCGACUGGGAUCUGUUUUGGGCUGUGCACGAAUACGAGUUGCUGUAUCAUACCUUCGGUAGACAUCAUUUCAAUAAGAUUACUUCAAACUUAGACGUAUUCAUAAGACGCUUCAACGAAAUCCAGUACUGGGUCGUGACGGAAAUCGUGUCGACGUCCAAUCUGACGAAAAGGAUGUCACUGGUGAAGAAAUUCAUCAAACUUGCUGCAUUCUGCAAGGAUUACCAGAACCUGAAUGCAUUCUUCGCAAUCGUGAUGGGAUUGUCCAAUAUGGCUGUGUCUAGACUAUCGAGUACGUGGGACAAACUCCCGUCGAAGUUUCGAAAAUUGUUUACCGAGUACGAAUCACUCAUCGAUCCCAGCCGAAACCACAGAGCCUACCGAAUGUCUGUCGGUAAACUGCAACCCCCCGUGAUUCCCUUCAUGCCGCUGCUGCUGAAGGACAUGACGUUCGCCCACGAAGGCAACAAAACCAGCCUCGAUGGUUUGGUGAAUUUCGAAAAGAUGCACAUGAUGGCACAGACGAUGCGAACCGUCCGAUACUGUCGAUCCAGGCACUUGGUAUUGGAUCCACCUUCGCCGAAGAACGAGAACGAAAUUCGCCAGUACAUCAGCUGCUUCCGGACCAUCGACAACCAGCGGGUGCUGAAUGCUAUGUCCCAAAAAGUUGAACCCAGACGGUCGUAAACAGUCAACUAAUCAUCAAUCGUGAUCACGAACGGGCUAACAACAAACAUGGUGUUUGACUUCUAACAAACAAACAAACAAACAAAC